AACGUGCGAUAAGGAAAAUGGUCAAAUUCCAUAAACUUUAUUCAUUUCGAUGGAUUUUCGAUUUUAAACAUUUAUUCAUUCCGAGGAGAGCACAAAAAAUAUCUACAUUUAGAUGGAAAAAAUUAUUAUUUCAUACCGAUUUCAGCAUGUAAAUUUCCAAUAAAAACGCCUUUCCAAUUCCAACGCCAACAGUUCAAGCAUUGGAAUGUCAAUACACCGUGAUUCAUAUAUGUCAUUCGCUUGAGCCAAACAAUGUUUUUGUGAACUGUCAAAGCGCGACGAAUCUUAUUCGAAUUCAGGUGUGCACUCGUUUUAGUUGAACAAAAACCAUUGUGUAAAAGUAACAGGAAGUUGCGUAAAACGACAGAAUUGUAAAUUAUUCCAUUGCGAAACAUUAGGAAAGACGGUGGAGAUGAGUGAAUCAAACUUACCGAUAAUUGUCGUUUGUUCGGAAGGCGCGAAAAACUCUCAAGAAAUCAUUGACAAUUUGCGAAAAGAAUCGACUGACAAGAAUACAAUCGAUUUGGGCAAUGAUGUUGUGGGCUAUAAAUUCCAUAAUGUCACGAAAUACUACGAAAAUGACCUCAUCUUUCUUUCACAUGAAUCAAAACACAUAAACUUGGUACCAGUCGAACUUUUGGACCGGAUCGAAGGAGUGAUUAUCUAUUUUGACUCAGACAACAAAGAUUUCCUGCACAAGUUACCCAUCUACGCCAAUUUCAUCGAACGGAAUAAUAUCGAGUUUGGCAUUCUGUUGUGCAGUGAGUUGUACGAUAAUCCGUUAGACGGCAUCACGUACAAAGAAAGCAAAGAAUUCAGCAGUGUGUUGGAUGUGAUUGAAUUGGAUCGAAAACGAGAUAAUGACGAUGAAGAACCAUGCGCUGCCGUUAAUCAUCACGAUCCGCUCGGUUAUGAUGAGGUUUUGCAAGCAAUUCGUGCGAUAAUCUGGUCAAAUGUCGAUAUGAAAAAGAAGAUGCCACAGCCGAAACUUCCGCGCAAGGAAAAGGUGGCCUCGGAAGAGGAGAAAACGGUCGAUGCGGACUCGUUGGAAGCCGAAUUAUCUGGGUUCGAACAACUGCUUACUGAAGUGAUGGCUUUUAAAGAAACAACCGCAUCGUGGUCGCGAAACGAACGGUUGGCGUAUGCUGAAAAAUUUGCUGACGCUUUUGAUAAUCUGCUGCAAAAUAAAGUUCUGGAUGAGGAUUCAUCGGAUUCAGAUAGCCAUUGAUGUUACAGUUCGCCAAAUCGGCAUCAGAUCAAUUCCAAGAUAUAUAAUAUAGUUUGUCGAAAAAAUUCAAUAGAAUAUGAAAUAAAAUCGUAUUAAAUAUUCAUUA